AUGGCAACAUAUCUGGAGUUUAUUCAACAAAACGAGGAACGAGAUGGUGUGCGUUUCAGUUGGAAUGUGUGGCCGUCUAGCCGCCUUGAGGCUACAAGAAUGGUUGUCCCCCUGGCAUGUCUACUCACUCCCUUAAAAGAACGUCCAGAUCUACCUCCAGUACAAUAUGAACCUGUACUUUGUAGCAGGCCAACUUGUAAAGCAGUUCUCAAUCCACUUUGUCAGGUUGAUUAUCGAGCUAAGCUUUGGGCUUGUAAUUUUUGUUUUCAAAGAAAUCAGUUUCCUCCAGCAUAUGCAGGCAUAUCUGAGAUGAAUCAGCCUGCAGAAUUGAUGCCCCAGUUUUCUACAAUUGAGUACAUAGUGCAGCGAGGGCCUCAGACACCCUUGAUUUUCCUCUAUGUUGUUGAUACAUGUCUGGAAGAAGAAGACCUUCAAGCUCUAAAAGAGUCCCUGCAGAUGUCCUUGAGCCUUCUUCCCCCAGAUGCUCUGGUGGGUCUAAUCACCUUUGGUAGAAUGGUGCAGGUUCAUGAAUUGAGUUGUGAAGGAAUUUCAAAAAGUUAUGUCUUUCGAGGAACCAAGGAUUUGACUGCAAAGCAAAUACAGGAUAUGUUAGGUCUUACCAAGCCAGCUAUGCCUGCCCAGCAAACAAGACCUGUUCAGCCACAGGGACAACCUUUUAUUUCAAGCAGGUUUCUGCAGCCUGUUCAUAAGAUUGACAUGAACCUGACUGAUCUUCUUGGAGAAUUACAAAGGGACCCAUGGCCAGUAACUCAAGGAAAAAGACCCUUGAGGUCCACUGGGGUUGCUUUGUCCAUAGCUGUUGGCUUGUUGGAGGGCACUUUUCCAAAUACGGGAGCCAGAAUUAUGUUGUUUACUGGAGGCCCACCCACUCAAGGACCUGGCAUGGUAGUUGGAGAUGAAUUGAAGGUUCCCAUUCGUUCCUGGCAUGACAUAGAGAAAGACAAUGCACGUUUUAUGAAAAAGGCAACCAAACACUAUGAAAUGCUUGCAAAUCGUACUGCCACAAAUGGUCACUGUAUUGAUAUUUAUGCCUGUGCCCUUGAUCAAACUGGUCUCCUGGAGAUGAAGUGUUGUACAAAUCUUACUGGUGGUCACAUGGUGAUGGGAGAUUCCUUCAAUACUUCUCUCUUCAAGCAAACAUUCCAAAGAGUUUUUAGUAAAGACUUUAAUGGAGAUUUUCGAAUGGCAUUUGGUGCUACUUUGGAUGUUAAGACUUCUAGAGAAUUGAAGAUUUCAGGAGCAAUUGGUCCAUGUAUAUCUCUAAAUGUGAAAGGGCCAUGUGUGUCAGAAAAUGAAUAUGGCAUUAGUGGCACUAGUCAAUGGAAAAUCUGUAGUCUGGAUCCCACAUCAACUCUUGGCAUCUACUUUGAAGUGGUCAAUCAGCACAAUGCACCAAUACCUCAAGGAGGCAGAGGAGCAAUUCAGUUUGUUACCCAGUAUCAACAUUCCAGCACCCAGAGACGAAUCCGAGUGACCACCGUUGCCAGAAAUUGGGCAGAUGCACAGAAUCAGCUCCAGCAUAUAGAAGCUGCUUUUGACCAAGAAGCUGCUGCAGUAUUGAUGGCCCGGCUUGGAGUGUUCAGAGCUGAAUCAGAAGAGGGACCUGAUGUUCUUCGAUGGCUAGACAGGCAGCUAAUCAGACUAUGUCAGAAGUUUGGACAGUAUAACAAAGAGGACCCAAAUUCUUUCAGAUUAUCAGACUCAUUUUCCUUGUAUCCUCAGUUCAUGUUCCAUCUUCGAAGAUCCCCAUUUCUUCAAGUGUUUAAUAACAGUCCAGAUGAAUCAUCUUAUUAUCGACAUCAUUUUGCCAGACAAGACUUGACCCAGUCUCUCAUCAUGAUCCAGCCUAUUCUUUAUUCUUAUUCUUUCCAUGGUCCACCUGAGCCAGUACUUUUGGAUAGCAGCAGCAUUCUAGCUGACAGAAUUCUACUGAUGGAUACCUUUUUCCAAAUUGUCAUCUAUCUUGGUGAGACUAUAGCCCAGUGGCGUAAAGCUGGCUAUCAAGAUAUGCCUGAGUAUGAAAAUUUCAAGCAUCUUCUUCAAGCUCCAUUAGAUGAUGCUCAGGACAUCCUACAGACGCGAUUCCCAAUGCCAAGAUACAUCAACACUGAACAUGGAGGUAGUCAGGCUCGGUUCCUCUUGUCCAAAGUGAAUCCAUCUCAGACACACAAUAAUUUGUAUGCUUGGGGACAGGAAUCUGGAGCCCCAAUAUUAACAGAUGAUGUUAGCCUGCAAGUUUUCAUGGAUCAUUUGAAGAAAUUGGCAGUGUCCAGUGCCUCCUAAAUUGAGAAAGUCAGCAUAUUAAGGAAGGAGACAGUAACCAGACUAUGUUCAUAGCUAUUGGAAAUAUUUACUACAUUCCUCUUUACUGUGAGAUUUUAAGAUGUCAUCAUGUGCCAUAUACAUUUAAAAGAAGGUUUUUUUACGUAGUCUUUUUGAUUUUUAAUUUAUUUGUACUCUUUUAACUUUGUCUAUUUUCUCAUGACUAAAAUGUAGUCCAUUGAUGUUUUGGAACUUAUAGAUCUUUAACAGCUUUCUUUAUCCUAACAUUAUAGUAAUCUGUAUAAACUAUGGGAAACCUUUGGUAACUCUCUCAGAUGAAGGCAUAAUGGUCAUGAAGAAAAUAAACUGGAUGGGGAGAGUAGCUAAAAGCUUAUUUUAGCUAAAAAGGUGUAAUGGAAAA